AUGUCACAACCCCCUUCAGCAGGCCUACCGACGACGACGUCCCCAGCGACCACCGGUACACAUUACCCAUUUUCCUAUGUAUCCGGGGCGAGCGCAAGUUCUUCGAGACCGAGUACGGCCAGCGCUGCUCGGACGGACCCUCAUGGCGGUCAGAGUGGCCCCCCUUCAGCAAGGCUCUUGAUAGAGUCUAGUACAGCAGCGGUGGCUGGCCGCCGAUACUCCGCCGAAUCAACAGCGCAGACUCCUUCUCGGGCAUUUGGUGUACAAAGCAUCCUCAAUCCUCAAGCAGACUAUGAAGACAGAGACUCUGGACACAUCAGAUUACCCCCACCGCUUCCUAUGACUGCCAGUACACGUGAGACUUUACCUGCUCCUGCCGAGUCUCCUCGAAGCCGUAAGCGGACAGACCCCAGGUCUCCUGUCCGAGAUCAUGACUAUCCUUCUUCUGCUCGUGCUGGAAGACGAGUCCUAACCCCAAAGUCCCCUGCCAUUCGUGCUGCAAGUCUAGGAGCAAGAAGAAAUCCUUCUUUCCAUUCUACUAUUCAACCUCUUCAAAAUAUUUCUGGACCUGGAGGACGCACAUAUACUGCCGAACCUGGUCUAUAUCGAUCUUCUGAGAUACCACCUCUUCCACCACUAUCAAUUGCCACAGGUACCCACCCAGCUCACUAUGGUUCUCUGGACUCUAGGCAGUCACGAUCUGCACAUCCCAUAGAAACACCUCGAACAGAAACAAUAGUCACUCCACAGACUGAGCAUUCGGUCAGUAGUCAGACGUCAUAUAGACGACUUGAUCAAUCCCCACCACUUUACCGUUAUGGCCACGGAGGGUCGGCAACCCAUUCUUCAGGUCCGUUGAGAGUACUACCUGCUGCGGGUUCGGGCUAUGGUCAGGAAACUCACGUUCAUGGCCCCCACGAAGGUUACCAGAUGGGCCAAUCGUCGCUGAACAUGCGAUUGUCCACAGAUCAGGGUCCUAUGGUGCUGCCUGUGGAAGUGGACACGCAGCAAGCAUCAAAGGUGGCUGAUGAGAAGCGCAAGCGUAAUGCAGGUGCCUCUGCGCGAUUUCGGGCUAGGAGGAAGGAGAAGGAGAAGGAAGCAUCGACCACCAUAUCCGGCCUGCAAGGGGAACUUCGAGAUCUGAUUGAGGAGCGCGAUUUCUAUCUUAACGAGAGAAACUAUUUCCGCGAUCUCGCCAGCAAUUAUAUUCCGCCUUCUCAAUUCCCAGCACGCCCUCAAUCACCACAACAUACACAGCUGAACACCGGGGCACCAUCUUCAACUUCAGACAAUCCUCCAUUAUCUGAUGAGAUCUACCAUGAACGUUCCGAGUCCGGAUCGGCGGCUCAACGGCGUCGAACUGGAGACUAUCACCCAACAUUUGCGACCCAGCAACGACAGUCUCCACCCGCGUCCGGUUAUCGCAGCGGAUUUCCAUCUGCUCCGCCCAACCCCCUUCCACCACCUUCAUCGACUGCUUACGGAACACCGAGGACACUCCCACCCGGACCACCGCUAGGCCCAGCCAUUACAAGGUCACAAUCGUAUGAUCCGCUUGGAAGAGAGUUGUACGACAAGAACUGGAGUUCAGGUCGAUAA